GACUCCAACCCCUACAGUCGCUUGAUGGCAUUAAAAAGAAUGGGAAUUGUCAAGGACUACGAGAAAAUCCGUACCUUUACAGUUGCAGUAGUAGGUGUAGGUGGAGUUGGCAGCGUGACUGCUGAAAUGUUGACAAGGUGUGGCAUUGGUAAGCUACUUCUGUUUGAUUAUGACAAAGUGGAAUUGGCAAACAUGAACAGACUCUUCUUCCAACCUCAUCAAGCUGGAUUAAGUAAAGUGCAAGCAGCAGAGCAUACUUUGAGGAAUAUCAAUCCUGAUGUUCAGUUUGAAGUACAUAACUACAACAUCACAACACUGGACAACUUUGAACAUUUCAUGGAUAGAAUAAGUAACGGUGCGCUAGAGGAAGGGAAGCCUGUCGAUCUUGUUCUGAGCUGUGUGGACAACUUUGAAGCUCGGAUGGCUAUUAACACGGCCUGCAAUGAACUUGGACAAAUCUGGAUGGAAUCUGGAGUGAGUGAAAACGCAGUGUCAGGACAUAUACAGCUGAUCACACCUGGUGAAUCUGCUUGUUUUGCGUGUGCUCCUCCACUUGUAGUUGCUGCAAAUAUUGAUGAGAAAACAUUAAAACGAGAAGGAGUUUGUGCAGCUAGUCUUCCUACAACUAUGGGUGUUGUGGCAGGACUUCUUGUCCAAAACGUUCUGAAAUACCUGUUAAAUUUUGGUACUGUGAGUUAUUAUCUUGGUUACAAUGCGAUGCAGGAUUUCUUUCCAACUAUGUCUAUGAAGCCAAAUCCACAAUGUAGUGACCAAAAUUGCAGAAAACAGCAAGAAAAUUAUAAGAAAAAAGAAGCUGCACGACCAAAAGAAGAAGUAAUUGAACAGGAAGAAGAAAUAGUUCACGAAGAUAAUGACUGGGGCAUCGAGUUAGUAUCUGAAAUUUCAGAAGAUGAGCUGAAGGCUGCGUCUGGCCCAGUACCUGAGCUUCCUGAAGGAAUUACUGUAGCAUAUACUAUCCCAAACAAGGAAGAGAAUUUGAUAACUGAGGAAACGGUAGCUGAUUCUGAAGAAAGCCUAGAAGAACUCAUGGCCAAAAUGAGAAACAUGUAGCAAAACAAAUAUUAAGUAC